ACAAAUAACAGAACCUGAUGAAAUUAAGAAUAAGAUCCAUGAUAUUGUUCAAAAACAUGUAAAAUUAGCUGAUAAAAAUAAGUGGAUGGACAUCAAACUAAAUGAUCCAAAACUUAAAUUCGAGAUUCUACGAGAUUGUAUGUCUUUAACAAAUAGAAAUAUUCCAAACCUUGAACUUAAUCUUAUUGAAACGGUUGGUGAUGCUGUCAAGUUUUAUUUGGGUGAAGAGAAGAAAGACCCUCGAAUCGGUCACCCGGUGGCUGCUUGGUUCACGGAAAACGAAGAUAAAUUACCACCAAACAUGACUUUUAUUCCAUAUGUAAAAGAGAUUGGGGAAUACGCUCUUCAACACAGAGGUUAUUUCCCCGAUCCUGGUCCGUGGAAGAUUCCUCAAACUCGAAAUGUAGUCCUCCGGGAUACACUUGGAAUUGAUGCUCUUCCUCGACAACGUUUCAACAAGACAAAAAGAACUCCUUAUGUUCUUAAUAUUAUGGUUGUUGGCGAGAGUGGUCUUGGAAAAACUACUUUUAUGAAUACUCUAUUCAAUACACCUCUCAAAGAAGAAAUCCAUCCUAAAAAUCCCCAAUCCACACAAACUGUAGAAAUUAGUCCUGUACAUUAUGAAUUGGUUGAAGACGGUGUUACCCUUAAUCUUACCGUUGUUGACACACCUGGAUUUGGUGACCAACUUAAUCGUGAACACAACCUUGAUCCUAUUGUUGAGUAUAUUGAUAAUCAAUUUGAGGCUUACCAUACCGCUGAACGUAGUCCCGAAUUUAGACGUGCCAUUCCAGAUACUCGCAUACAUGCUCUUUUAUACUUCAUUCCACCAACUGGUCAUGCUCUUAAAGAACUUGAUAUUAAAUCUCUUCAAGUUUUAUCUGCUAAAGUAAACGUAAUUCCAGUUAUCGCAAAAGCUGAUACCCUCACACAAGAAGAGAAGGCUGCAUUUAAAAAAACUAUAUUAAGAGAUAUUGAAGCUAAUGAUAUUAGAAUUUUUCCAACUGCAUACCCGGAUGAUCGGGAAAGCGUUGAAGACCUUGAGGUACGAGGAAGAUCAUAUCGAUGGGGUAUUGUUGAAGUUGAAAACGAACAGCAUUGUGAUUUCAUCCAUCUCCGUGAACUUCUUAUGACACAUGCCCUUCAUGAUCUUCUUGAAACAAGUCAUACGGUGCAUUAUCAUAAUUAUCGUGCCCAAAAACUUCGUUCUAGUGGUCGUCCCGAAUCGAUCCUUGCUUGUGAUGAUUCUUAUGAACACAGAAUUGAAAGAAGUAAGCAAAGUAUGGCAGAAGACAUGAUCAAGAAAGAAGAGGAAAUGCGGCAAAACUUUGUAAUGAAGGUUAGAGAGAAAGAAUCAAACUUAAGGGAACGAGAAGAACAGCUCAACCAACGCCGACAGCAACUCAUGGCAGAAUUAGAAGAACAACGUUUGGCGCUCGCAGCAGAAGAGCGUGAAUUCCAAGAAUUAUAUAAUGCCAAUCGAAGCGCAAGGUGGCUAUCUGUUUUAUAA